AUGGAAGUCGAGUUACCCCAAGACCAGCGCCUCAGUCUUCACAUCAACACCAACACGUCCGUCAUAUUGAAUGGCUCGGAUACUAUGACGCUCCAGGGGCUUAGCAUCACGACCAUGCAGUCGAGUAUCCUGUGCUCAGACGUUGAGAUCCAGGGAGACGAAUUUCUACUGGGAACAACUUCAGGCGAUAUUACCGUCGAUGGUCUGACGAUCGAUGCUAGCGAUACGCUAGUCGCUGAAUCACUGGCGAAAGUGCACUCGGCUCUAGGAAUCGUCAGCUUGACGGAUGUCACGCUCUCGCAGUGCGAUCUUCUAGUCGAAACUGGAGCGAGCAGUCUCGUGUUCUCUGUAAAUACAGGUAGAAGCCACAUCCAAGCUAAAAGUUCGUCUGCUUUGAUAUCAGUAGACGAUGUUCAAGCAAAUUGGAUCUCCCUGAGAAGCAAAACGGGGGAUAUCUCCGGCACGGAAUUAACUGUGGAGGGGAAUUCGGCCUUCAUGGGAAGACUCGAGGUCAUGGCGGUGUCGGGAGACGUCGAGCUCAAGGAAAUUACAGCCAGCGGCACGAUCCACGUCGAGUCCGCUUCAGGGAAGAUCACGAUUCAGCUGAAUACGCAAACAUUCGCAGGGAUGUACUACAUGAGGUCCGAAUACGGGGCCAUGUCCAUUCGCCAAACUAACUAUUCGAGCGACGUCGUCGUGGAAUCAGCGGAUUCAGCUGAUGGGCUUGAGAAACAUGGCAGCAUCAAUUGUGACCCCGCGACGAACAACUGCUUAGCAUUUGGGAAUAUCUACUUGCGCUCCAACUUAGGCGACGUUGAUUUAGUUCUCGGAUGCAGUACGUACAGCUGCGAUUAG